ACCAGAGGUCAGGGUUGGUUUUCAAGAUGGCGAUCCUCGGUACGCUGGUGUCGCGGUGUGGACGGUUACUUCGAGGGCUCCCGGCUGGCCCAGACGCGACCAGCUGGGCUCGGCUUCCAGCUCGGGGGUUCAGGGAAGUGGUGGAGAUCCAAGAAGGGAAGACAACUAUAAUCAAAGGCCAUAUCACAGAGACUCCCAAGGAGAGUCCAAAUCCCCCUAACCCCUCUGGACAGUGCCCCAUCUGCCGUUGGAACCUGAAGCACAGGUAUAACUAUGAGGAUGUUCUGCUGCUCAGUCAGUUCAUCCGGCCUCAUGGAGGCAUGCUACCCCGAAGGAUCACAGGCCUAUGCCAGGAAGAGCACCGUAAGAUUGAAGAGUGUGUGAAGAUGGCUCACCGAGCAGGUUUGUUCCCAAAUCACAGGCCUCAGCUUCCUGAAGGAUUUGUUCCGAAGAGCAAACCCCAGCUCAACCGGUACCUGACCCGCUGGUCUACCCACUCUGUCAAGCCCAUCUACAACAAAGGCCCCUGCUGGAACAAGGUUCGCAUGGCUGUGGGGUCACCUCUCCUGAAGGACAAUGUCUCCUAUUCAAGAAUGCCUUUGAAGCUGUACCAUUGAGAUCAGGGCUUUCUGAGGACCUGGCCAGAGCUCCUUCUGCACCUCCACUGUGGCCAGCCGUGAGCCCUCAGCCAAAACUGUACUCCUGCCCCAUCCCUCCAUGAUGGCCUGGCCCUUCCAACAUGAAUGGCACAAGGGACAGUGAGACUAACUUCAGUAUCGUUGGCCUACCCAGUAGCAGUGCUGAGAGUUAGGGGCAGGCAGGGCAAUAGGGUCCCUUGGCAGCUGCUGUGGUCUCAUGACCCUUGGGCUAUGUUCAGUGCUGGGAGACAGGAGUUUUGCCUGAAGGAAUGUCAUAAACCAAACUCAUAGGUUUA